AUGUUGACUCGGAAGAAGCUUUCGGAAAAUGCGGAUCCCGUUGUGGGUCAAACGAUCGGCCUGAAAAAAGGGGUAAUUGAAGGCCCAGUUCAGGACAAGCUGAAGAAGCCUGCCCUAGGUCAGACAAGAAGGGCUGCCUUUGGAGAUAUUACAAAUGCAACAAAUGAUAAAGCUCUGCAGGGAGACAAGAAGAAAAUUGUUGGGCCCUUAAAGCCGAGUGCUAAAAUCAAUUUAAGUAUAAUUCCUACGAGAGUCAGUAAGCCUGCGGUGAAGAAAACGACAGAGGUGAAGAAAAGAGCUACCUCUCAGAUCAGUUUGGUUCAAAAAGCUGCCAAAUCAAACUUGUCCUCAUCAAAUAAUUUGAAUCAAACGUCCUCCCAGAAAUCGUCACUGCCUGUCAAGGAACAAGCCGUUAAAAAAUUACCAGUAAAAGAGCCUCUUGACAGGGUUGAGGAGGACUUCUCUUUUGUCAUUGUUGAGGACAAUGACUCCAAAGCUGAAGAAAGUAUUGAGUGCCAGGAGGUUGAUCAGAGUCUGUUGGCAGUUGAUUUGGAGAACUAUACAGAUGUCUUCAAUGUUGGCAUCUAUGCUCAGCACAUAUUUGACUACUAUAAGGGCAGAGAGAAAAUGUUCAGUAUACCAGCCUAUCUGAAUGGAGAAGCUGGCAGAGUGACCCCACAAAUGCGAGCCAUCUUGGUUGACUGGAUGGUGGAGGUGCAGGAGAAUUUUGAGCUCAACCAUGAAACCCUCUACCUGGCAGUCAAGUUGACGGACAUGUUCAUGUCCCGGGCCAAUGUGGAUAAAGAAGUAUUGCAGUUGGUUGGUGCGGUUGCUGUCUUCAUUGCCGCAAAGUUUGAUGAAAGAUGCCCACCAUUGAUUGAUGACUUCAUUUACAUCUGUGACAAUGCCUUUGACCGCGAUCAGUUCAUCACAAUGGAGAUGGAAAUGUUGAGAACAGUUGAUUUUGACUUGGGGAUCCCUAUAUCUUACACAUUCCUGCGCAGAUAUGCAAAGGUGGCUCGCAUGUCAAUGGUCACCUUGACCUUGGCUCGUUUUAUCCUGGAGAUGGCGCUUAUGGAGAAUGAACUGGUGUCAGCGCGAGAUUCCAAGAUGGCAGCUGCGGCACUGUACAUCUCGCAGAAGAUGAAGAAUGAAGGCGCUUGGGAAGGUGAUGUUGUAAAGUCUAGUGGGUACAUGUUGGAUGAUUUCAAGGACCUUGUCGUAGCGCUGAACAAGAUGCUUCAUGCCCGCCCCAUACCUCAGUUGUCAACUAUCCGUAGCAAGUAUGCCCAUCUAAUUUUUCACGAGGUGGCCAAAAUUGCACCCCUGCCCACAGAAGAGCUCUUGCGUCAAGGAGUAUAG